CGAAGUGCCGAGGCAGCUUGCACCUCGGGACGGCCGCGUGAGCAAGACGAGCUCAAAACCGCGACUCUGGCUUCAGCUGCCGCAUCCGUGAAAUUCUCUCUCCCCGCACAAUCACUUCUCUCCCCCAUACUUGCACUUCUUAGCUCUUGGAAUCUUUGUUGAUAUCCGUCACACUGCUGGCAACCGACGUAAUCCGGUGCUAGUGUUCCGCAAUCGUAGCAGAUCUCUCUGAAGAGCUUACUUCCUUUCAAUCGAAAAUCUCACAUCAUGAGCGGUGCACAAGAACUGCGAUACGACGGGCAGACUGUCGUCGUCACCGGUGCUGGUGGUGGUCUGGGUCGCGAGUAUGCGAUCUUCUUUGCCAGCCGCGGCGCGAACGUCGUCGUGAACGACCUCGGCGGUAGCUUCAAAGGCGAGGGAGGCAGUUCAUCGGCUGCCGACAAGGUCGUUGAGGAGAUCAAGUCCGCAGGCGGAAAAGCGGUUGCCAACUAUGAUUCAGUCGAGAAUGGAGAAAGGAUAGUGCAGACUGCGAUCGAUGCCUUUGGGCGUAUUGAUGUUCUCAUCAACAACGCUGGUAUCUUGCGUGAUAUCAGCUUCAAGAACAUGAAGGAUGCAGACUGGGAACUCAUUUACAAGGUCCAUGUUCUCGGAGCAUACAAGUGCGCAAGAGCUGCGUGGCCGCACUUCAGGAAACAGAAGUACGGCAGGCUCAUUAGCACUGCUUCAGCUGCUGGUCUCUUCGGGUCUUUUGGCCAGACAAAUUACUCUGCUGCUAAGCUUGCUCUCGUCGGUUUCACCGAGACUCUUGCGAAGGAGGGCUUCAAGUACAACAUCCUCUGCAACGUCAUUGCCCCAAUCGCCGCCAGCCGAAUGACGGAGACCGUCAUGCCCCCCGAUGUCCUCGCGAAGCUGAAGCCUGAGUGGAUCGUCCCUCUCGUUGCCGUCCUCACACACAAAUCCAACACCAAGACUGGUGCGAUAUUCGAGGCUGGCGGAGGUCACAUUGCCGAACUGCGAUGGGAACGAGCCAACGGUGUUCACCUCAAGGCCGACGAGACUCUUACACCUGGAGCUGUUGCUGCAAAGUGGAAGGACGUUGUCGACUUUACGAAGCCUGACCACCCACAAGGCCCUGCCAAUGCGCUUGAGCUUCUUGAGGAUGCUGGCAAACUUCCUGCCAACCCCAAGGGCGAGGAGCUCGACUUUUCCGGCAAGGUUGCCAUUGUUACUGGCGGUGGAGCUGGUCUUGGCCGCAUCUACGCUCUUCAGCUGGCCAAGCGUGGCGCCAAGGUCGUAAUCAACGAUCUCGUGAACCCCGAUGAUGUUGUUCAGGAGAUUCAAAAGCUCGGCGGUCAGGCUGUUGGCAACAAGGCCGACGUCCAGAACGGUGAGGCUGUUGUCAAGACAGCCAUCGAUACCUGGGGCCGUGUUGAUAUCGUGAUCAACAACGCUGGCAUCCUCCGUGACAAGGCUUUUGCCAACAUGACCGACGACCAGUGGGACAUCAUCCACAAGGUUCACUUGUUCGGUACCUAUUCCGUUACCAAGGCUGCCUGGCCCUACAUGCUGAAGCAGAAGUACGGCCGCAUCCUCAACACCACUUCCACCAGCGGUAUCUACGGCAACUUCGGCCAAGCCAACUACGCAUCGGCCAAGUGCGGUAUUCUUGGUUUCUCCAAGUCUCUUGCUCUUGAGGGCAAGAAGAACAACAUCUUUGUGAACACUGUCGCCCCCAAUGCUGGCACACAGAUGACUCGUUCCAUCAUGCCCGAAGAAGUCGUUCAGGCUCUCAAGCCCGACUACAACGCACCCCUCGUCAUCCUCCUCGUCUCUGACAAGGCACCUGUGCCGACUGGCGGUCUCUACGAGAUGGGCUCGGGCUGGUUCGCCGCUACUAGGUGGCAGCGAACUGGCGGCCACGGCUUCCCAAUUGAUGUCAAGCUCACUCCAGAGGCUGUCCUCCAGCAGUGGGAGCGCAUUACCAACUUUGAGGAUGGACGUGCCGACAACCCAGAUGACAAUGCCAGCGGCCUCAAGUCGAUCAUGGCAAACAUGGAGAACACUAGCAAGAAGAGCACGAAGGACAAGAAGCCAUCCAAGAGUAACGAGGAGGUCCUCAAAGCUCAGCAGACGGCGUUGGCUGCCAAGUCGGAAGGCACUCCUUUCGAGUACACCGAGAGGGAUGUCAUCCUGUACAACUUGGGCAUCGGCGCCAAGCGCACUGACCUUCCCUUCGUGUACGAGGGUGACGAGAACUUCCAAGUCAUCCCUACCUUUGGUGUAGUCCCUCCCUUCAACGCCGAACCCCCAUUCUCCUUUGACGAGAUUGUCCCCAACUUCGACCCGCGCAUGCUUCUGCAUGGCGAGCAGUUCCUUGAGAUCCGCAAGUUCCCCAUCCCUACUGAAGCCAAGCUCAUCGCAGUACCGAAGCUCGUCGAAGUCGUUGACAAGGGCGCUGCCGGGCUGGUUGUCUAUGGCUCCACUACCAAGGACGCCAACACUGGCGAGGAGAUCUUUUACAAUGAGUCCACAGUGUUCAUCCGCGGAAGCGGUAACUUCGGUGGCCAAAAGAAGGGUGGCGAUCGUGGCGCGGCGACAAAGGCGCACAAGCCGCCGCAGCGUGCCCCCGAUGCCGUCGUCGAGGAGAAGACUACGGAGGAGCAGGCUGCUAUCUACCGCCUAUCUGGCGAUCUCAACCCGCUUCAUAUCGACCCGCAGUUCAGCAAGGUCGGUGGCUUCGACACACCCAUCUUGCACGGCCUGUGCUCGUUCGGUAUCUCGGGUAAGCACGUACUGCAGACAUUCGGCCCAUUCAAGAACAUCAAGGUCCGCUUUGCUGGUGUUGUGCUGCCGGGCCAGACGCUCAUCACGGAGAUGUGGAAGACAGGGAACACAAUUGCAUUCCAGACCAAGGUCAAGGAGACUGGCAAGCUUGCCAUCUCUGGCGCGGGUGCAGAGCUGCUUGGAGGAGGAAGCAAGUUGUAGAUGAUGAACGAUAGUACUGUCAUGCGGUCAAGAGACCGCUGUUUAUUUAGGCUGGCGUUAGCUCGUGUAUAUGUAUUGAACGAAAUCACCAAAUAAUACAAUUUACUAGCA